CAGCGUAACAUACGCCUGUUGACUUUAGGCUUUUUCAAGUUAGAGACGAAACGAAUGGUUUAGUUAAAAACGAAACGAAUAUCGAUGGUUUAGUUUAAAACGAAAAAACAAAAUGGCGACUCAAAUUCUCCGCGAGGGGAAAGUGACAACGGAGAUUGUAGACCUUACAAACGGAAUCGGAGGCAAAUCAGCAGAGGAGAUCCUAGCUCUAACUGGAGGUGGGAGUGUCCGUGAGUACACGGAGACCCGUCCUGAUGGGAGUACUGUAACCUAUACUAUAGAUGUAGAGGAGGAGAUUAUAGAGGAACCAAUGGAGAUGGAGAUCACUACAACAAGAACUGUAACCUCAUACAGCCUUGAGGGUUCAGGUUCGCCAGGAUCCAUGUUUGGUAAAUCUGGAGGUCAGGGGGAGGUUCAAAUGGAGAUAAUUAGAGGUGAAAAUGGAGGAGUGGGUAAGGGAGGACGUGGUGAGGUUCAAAUGGAAAUUCUCCAAGGUGAAAAUGGAGGAGGAACUGUUACCAGGACUACCAAGACUACAUCCUAUGGAGGAAGUGGAGGAAGUGGCGGUGGAUCAUUGACUAUGGAAUACUCAAAUUCUUCGAGUUUAAACCAGACUGGAGCAAGCUCGUCGCUUACACAAGUUCAGAGCACAUCCCAGGCUGGCGGGUCAACUCAAGCCUCAACAGCUAUACAAGCCGGUCAGGUAUCUCAGUCAUCUAGCAGCCAAAAGAGCCAAGCCAUGAAAAUAGAAGCAGAAAAGGUUGCUACUAUGGAACUAAAGUCUCAAAGAGAAGAGGCGGAGAUGGAUAUGAAAACCAUUGAAGAACCACCAAGAUCAAGAAGAGUAUCUAGAGCUUCUACAGCUCCUCCAGCACCCCCUAGACCUCCAGUUCCUGAUCUCUCUGAGGUUCACGGUCCUCUUUACCCUGUAGAAAGGAAGCAUCAAUUUCCAAAAGAUCCUCCACCUAGAGAAGAUCCUAAAUCCAAGAAUGAUCUAAAAUUUCCAGUUUAUGUUGCUGAAGGAAGUCACAGCUUCCAAGAGAUACCUAAGGCUGGUGAAAAGGUCAGCAGUUUGUCUGGACCUGUCAGGGAAGUUGAUCAUGCGCAUCAUUACACAAAGGAAGAUGUCACUUCCAUUGAAAACAAAACUUUACUUGGCCCAACUUAUACAGUAGGGGUGGAGAGUAAGCAUAAGUUCAACAUGAUGGAGAGCAGUCAGAAGCCUGUUUCAACUGAUAUGAGUUCUCAGCAAAUGUAUCCUGUUAUGGAUUCUUCUCAUGGUUCACUAUUCACAGGACCAACAACUGGAACUAAGAGUUCUAACACAGAAGUCAAGGAUCUUCAGUAUCCAACUAUGAUGAACAAGAGAAGGUUUAAUAAAGAAAUGUCCACUCAUGAGUUCUCUCAAGAAUCUACAUUUCAAUCUGGAGAGAGAACUUCAACAGAUCUUGUUGGCCCAAUUUUUGACACUGAUAUUGUUCAUCAUUUCAAAGGCCUAAUAACACAUGCUGAACAGCUCAGCUUGAUGUCUGGACCUGUUUAUGAAAAUGUUGAAAGAAGUCAUCAUUAUGCAGAAGUUCAGAAACAUGCUGAAGCCUUGAAGACUCUCAAUUUUCCAGUCUUUGACAUUGAAAAGAAGCAUAGCUUUGACAUUGUUAUGAAAGAAGCUGAAAAACUUUUGCAAAUAUCUGGACCUGUUUUUCCAGUUACUCAUAACAGUGGAUACAAGCCUGAAAUGAUGAAGCAUGAAAGAGACCUUGUCAUGACAGGUCCUAAAUAUCCUGGAGUAAAGGAAUCAAGUGGAUACAAUCCCUUCUCUCCCAAGGUUCAAGGGGAGAUUGUUAUGUCAGGCCCUAAGAUGAGAGGAGUUACUGAGAAAAAUCAGUACAACUUGGUUGAAGGAGUAAAAGUAGAGAGUGAGCUGCAAAUGUCUGGUCCUGUUUAUCCAAAUGUGGAACGUACAAAUCAGUACACUCCUUUAGAUACAAAACCUCCAUCAGGUGCAAUUAUGAUGUCUACUCCUAAAAUGCCUGGAGUAAAGGAAGCUCAUAGCUAUGGGCCACUAGCACAGAAGGUUCCCAAAGUACAAGAGAUUACUGGACCAGUUAUUACUGGAACUGACCCUAACAAUAAAUUCAAUAUUGUUCCUGAAAGGGUUUCUGGGAAUAUAACUCAAUCUGGUCCAGUCUAUCAGGGAGUUGAGCACAAAAGUGGGUUUAAUGAGAUGCCUGACAAAGUCUCAAACCAACCCAUGAUGUCAGGCCCAGUUUGGCAGGGAGUUGACAGCUCAAACAAGUUUAACAUUGUUCCUGGAAAGGCAGACACAACAAAACAAAUGAGUGGACCUUGUUACCCAGCAGACCCAGCUCAUAAGUUCAGUGGAGAGACACUUGAACCAAAGUUUACUCUUCAAGGAGAGCAGAAGUAUCCAAUAAUGGACACUGGACACAAACACUCAUUUAGGGAGAUUAUCAGCAAUGCUGCAAUUCUUGCUGGGUUUGAUUCUAAGUAUGAUGUAAACUUUGAAAAGCAUUCUUUUGAGUAUGAACCUCCUGUUACUCAUGAUAUCAGGCAGCUUCUAGGUCCUGUUUAUGAUGUAAUGGCACAGCACAACUAUCAACAAGCAAAUUCAGUUGUAAAUGAAUUGAAAACUUUAAACACUCCUGUGUAUACCCCUGAGUCAAGAAACCACUACCAACAGAUUCUCUCACAUGUGGAAAAGCUUGAACAUCUUCAGACUCCAGUCUAUGAUAUUAACCGCGAUCAUCAUUAUUCUGAGAUCAAGAAACAUAUUGAUGAAAUUAAGAAUUUGAGAGGGCCAAUUUAUGAUAUUGGAGAAUCAAAGCAUCACUGCUCUGAAAUUGUAAAAACAGCAGAAAAGAUUCAAACUUUGUCCACACCUGUGUAUGGAAUUGAUAUAAAAAGUAACUUCAAUCAAAUUGAAAAGCAUGUGGAAACUCUGAAAGGAUUAGCAGGUCCUAUCUAUGAUAUAGGAGAAGCCAAAUCCAGUUUUAAUGAGAUUGAGAAACAUGUUGAAUCACUUCGAGAGCUGAGUCAUCCUAUACUGCUCACAUCUGAUUCUGUUCAUCACUUUGAAGAAAUUUCUAAGAAUGCAGAAAAUCUUAAGGAUUUGGUUGGUCCUGUUUACCUAACAGAAGAUGUGAGUCAUAAGUUCAGUAUUGUACCCCCUAAAGUGUGUCCUCCAAAAGAUGUUAGUGGGCCUGUUUAUUUAACAGACGAGGUUAGACACAAGUAUUCUGAGUUUAUUAAAAAUGUAGAUGGACUAAAAAUGAUCGCUGGACCAGUCUACAUUAAUGAAAACAACAAGCACCACUUUGAUGUCAUUGAAAAGCACUUGGAGACUUUGAAACAAGUUCAUGGUCCUGUUUACAUCACUGAAAAUGCCAAGCAUAGCUUCUCUGAGGUACAGAAAUCAGCUGAAAAGCUAAAAACAUUGAACCACCCUAUACUGAAUACUGAUAACAUGAAAAGCACAUUUAACAUUAUCACUAACACUGCAGAAACUCUCAAGAAUAUGAAUGGUCCUGUUUAUCUCUCUGGAGAAACUGGACAUCAUUAUUCAGAGUUCAUAAAAGCUGUUGACACAGUUGGAAAAGAGCUUGUAGGACCAAUCUAUAUGAAAAAAGACUCUGGCAGGAAUGAGUUCCAAGAGAUUACUAGAAAAGUUGAUGAGAUUACUAACCUUGUUGGGCCAAUCUACAUGUCUGAAGAUGUACAGCAUAGCUAUAGAGAGAUCAAGAAAGAAGCACAGAAACUUUCUGUUCUGAAUGGACCAGUGUAUCUGGAUGAAAACAAUAAGAACAGCUACAAUGUUAUCAUAAAGCACGCAGAAACCCUCAAACAACUCUCUGGUCCAGUGUAUGUCCAGGAGGAUUCCAAACAUGCCUUCUCUGAGCUUAUGAAGAAAGUAGAUGGUCUUAAAUUGCUGCAUGGUCCAAUCUAUUUGGAAGGAGAAACUAAACAUUGUUACAAUGAAAUUCAGAGGCAGAUGGAAACUAUAAAAACAUUAGCAUCUCCAAUUUACAUAAGCGAUGAUCAUAAGCAUUCUUUUGGUGAAAUAGGGAAAAGAGUUGAGAACCUGAAACAACUUGUUGGACCAGUUUAUGUUAAUGAAGAUGUCAAGUCCCACUACAAUGAGAUAAUAAAGACAGCUGAAUCUUUCAAAACAUUGCAUGGGCCUGUAUAUGUUAGAAAAGGAGAACCUUACAACUUUAAUGAAAUAACUAAGGUUCCAGACACACUUACGGGAAUUGUGGGCCCAGUAUAUGUCACAGAAGACUCGAGUCAUCAUUUUAGUGAGAUUAAAGAGAGAGCAGAAUUCCUGAAGACAAUGUCUGGACCAGUUUACCUUGAUGAGAACACAAGGCAUCAAUAUUCAGAGUUUGUUAAGGGGUUGGAGUCAUUAAAGCUCAUGGCAGGACCAGUUUAUCUUUCUGAUCAGAACAAACAUCACUUUGAUGUAAUUGAGAAGCACCUGGAUACUUUAAAACAAGUCCAUGGUCCUAUCUAUAUCAAUGAAAAUACCAAACAUCAUUUUAAUGAGAUUCAGAAAGCUGCAGAAACAAUUGCUACACUGAACUAUCCUGUUCUACAAAGCGAUGCAUUCAAACAUCAUUUUAAUCAAAUUGAAAAGACAGCCAGCUCCCUCAAAAAUAUGAAUGGUCCUGUGUAUCUGACUGAAGAAUCUGGUCAUCACUUUUCUGAGCUUCUUAAAGGAAUUGACACUAUCAAAGAGUUAUCCUCACCCAUUUACAUGACUAAAACCUCUGGCAGAAAUCAUUUUAGCGAAAUAUAUUCACAGGUAGAAAAAAUCAAAGAUUUGGUGGGUCCUGUUUAUAUGACUGAAGAUGUAGGACAUCAUUUCUCUGAACUCCAAAAAAGCGCAAUCAAACUUUCUGAACUCAAUGGGCCUGUAUAUCUGGAUGAGAACACCAGACAUAACUUUAAUGUUAUCAUCAAGUCAGCUGAUAAGUUUAAGGAGCUUGCUGGUCCAGUUUACAUAAAAGAGAAUGCAGCGCAUGCUUUCUCUGAACUAGGAAAAACCAUUGAAACUGUCAAAAAUAUAAUUGGUCCUGUGUACAUGAAAGAGCAUGCCAAGCACCACUUUAAUGAGAUAGAAAAGCAUGCUGAUACUCUCAAGCAAAUUUCCGCUCCAGUUUAUCUUGAUGCCAAUGCUAAAUACACAUUCAAUGAAAUUGCAAAAGCAGUUGAAGGAUUAAAGACCCUUUCUGGGCCUGUGUAUAAUAUUGGGGACUCCAAGUUUAGCUACAAUGAAAUAGAGAAAGCAGCUGAAAAACUUAGCAACCUCUCAGGUCCAGUCUAUUUGGGACAAAAUGAAAAGCAUAGCUUUGAAGGUUUCAUGCAGACUAUAGAUAGCAUUAAAUCACUGAUUGGACCUGUUUACAUGCCAGAAGGGUCAGGUCAUUCAUUUAGUGAGGUAAUGAAACAUGCUGAUCAGAUCAAAACUCUGUCAGGUCCAGUUUAUGUUGAUGAGAGAAACCAAUAUAAUGUUAUAUUACAGCAUGCUGAAAAGCUGAAAAAUCUUGCAGGACCCAUCUACCAACUAGAGCAGUUCAAUCACAGUUAUUCAGAAAUUCAGAAAAAUCUUGCCGAGAUCCAGCGACCUCAGUUUGGACCUGUCAGAACUUGCGAUCACAAGAGUGGCUUUUCUGAAAUUCAAAAGCAAGUUGAUAAAAUUCAGCAUAUAUUUGGUCCAGUACUAAAUUGCGAACAUAACUCAAAAUUCAAUGAAAUUCAAAAAUCUAUUACAGAUCUGAGCUCCCUAAACUAUCCUGUAAUGAAUGUUGAACAUAAAAAUCACUUUGACCAUUUUGUGACACAAGUUACCAGUCUGAAAGAUCUGGCUGGACCAAUUUAUAACACUCAGAAGCAGUACAGACAUACCUAUUCUGAGAUCGACCAAUCUGUAGACUCCAUUAAAGCUUUGAACUAUCCAAUUUAUGAAAUUGACAGAGAGCAUCACUACAAAGAAAUUGUAAAUACUGCCCAGAAAGUAAAAGAAAUCUAUGGUCCUGUCUAUGGUGUAGAUGGAAACCACAAAUUCUCUGAGGUAUUGAAAAAUGUAGAAAAGUUGAAAACUUUGGAAGGUCCUGUUUAUGACAUUGAAAGAAAGCAUUGCUAUGCAGAGAUUGAGAAAAACAUCAAACAUUUGGAAAACCUUACAGGACCAGUUUACACACAUGGAAUUACACCUCAACAUCAUUUCAAUGAUAUUGCCAAGGCUGCUGAAACUAUUAAGAGACUGACUUAUCCAGUAAUGGAAAUUGAUAGACAGCAUCAUUACAAUGAGAUCAAGAAAACUGUUGAUAACAUAAAAACCUUGGUGGGUCCUAUGUACAAUGUACCGCAUGAACACCAUUUUAAUGAAAUUGAUAAAAGAGUUGAUGCUCUUAAGAAACUGGAUGGUCCUAUCUAUAAGAUUGAACGUCAGCAUCACUUUGCGGAAAUUGAUUACAGAAUUGAGAGCCUUAAAGAUCUUGUUGGUCCAAAGUAUCACAUUGACAGCAAGCACAAUUUCAGUGAAGUUCAAUCAAGAGUUAAAAUUUUGAAAAACUUAGAAGGGCCUGUUUACAAUAUUGAGAGAGAUCACCAUUAUAGAGAAAUAGAGCAAAAAAUGGAAAAGAUAAAAACUCUCACUGGGCCAUUGUAUGAAAUUGAAAACAAACACAACUUUCAAGAAAUUGAAGCAAGAGUAGAAAGGCUGAAAAAGCUUGAAGGACCAAUAUAUAACACAGAUGCUGUCAAACACUGCUUUAGUGAAAUUCAAGACAGAAUUGAAUCUGUUAAGAAUGUGUAUGGACCAGUUUAUGUUUCUGAUCAUAAAAGUCAUUUUAAUGAGAUUGAAAAGAAGCUGGAAACACUUAAAAACCUUAAUGGCCCUAUCUAUGACGUAGAGCAUAAGAAUCUCUUUAAGGAGGUUGGAAUGAAAGUGGAAAGCUUGAAAUCAUUGGCAGGCCCCAAGUAUAACAUUGAUCGAAAGCAUCAUUAUGAAGAGAUACAAAAGGAGGUAGAUCAUCUUCAAGAACUAACUGCUCCACUUUAUAAUAUUGACCGAGAGCACAAGUAUAACGUAAUUCUUGACAAAGUUAAGUCUCUGAAGAAUCUGACUGGACCUGUUCUCAGUAUUGAAGAGCGAAACCACGCUUACAGAGAUAUUAAACAAUCAAUUGACUCCUUAAAGACACUAACAGGGCCCUUUUAUAAUAUUGAAAGGAAACACACAUACAAUGAAAUCCCUGAUAAGGUGUCUGGACAGGAAAAGCUAGAAGGUCCUGUAUAUCAAAUUUCAAAUCAACAUCACUUCAACGAGAUUGCAGAACGAGUUUCAAGGCUGGAAAAACUUGAAGGACCAUGCUACGAAGUUCUGCACUCUCACCAGUACCAUCCAGAGCAGAAAUCAGCUGAUCACAUUAAAAAGCUGAACUACCCUGUGUUCAGUAUAGAUCAUGACAGCAAGUUUGCUGAACUUGAAAAGAAGAUCUUUGAUCUGAAAAAGCUGGAAGGUCCUGUUUACACGAUCCAACGCGAUCAUCAUUUUACAGAGAUCGAUAAACAGGUUCAAACUGUAAAACAGAUGAAUUUUCCUAUCAGAGAGGGGGUGGAGCCCCACCAUCUUUUUGGAGAUCUUGGUCGAGCCAUCAAUGAGAUUAAAGUGCUUGCCGGGCCGAUCUAUGAUGUUGAGCGAAAGCAUAAGUUUCAGGAAAUUGACAAAAAGUUGGUUGAAAUUAAAACCCUGUUUGGCCCCUGCUAUGAGAUCAUUCAUGAUAAUCAAUUCAAUGAAAUUCAACAAAAAGUUGGACAAUUAAAGAACCUGGCUGGUCCUGUUUAUGAUAUUGAUGGAAAACAUAAUUUCUCCAUUAUCCAGGAAAAGAUUGAUAACUUAAAGAAUCUUAAUUACCCUGUGUAUGACAUCAUUAGAUCCCAUGCAUACAACGAAAUAGAAAAACACAUUGUUGAACUGAAAAAUCUGAAUUAUCCAGUAUUUUCCAUAGAUCGGGAACAUACCUACUCCAAUAUAAAUGAGAAUAUAAAUGAUCUUAAAUCCCUUGUUGGUCCAAUCUAUAAUAUUCAAAGAGAGCAUAGGUUUGCAGAGAUUUACAAACAAAUAGACCAACUAAAAAUGAUGCAUGCUCCUGUAAGAGGGAAUGUGGACUUUAAUCAUCAUUUUAAUGAGAUUGAGACAAAAGUCAACAUUCUGAAGGACCUCCAAGGACCUGUCUAUGAAAUAGACAGAAAACACCACUUUUCAGAAUUUCAGAAAAAGCUUAAUGAGAUCAAAAAUCUGUAUGCUCCGUUCUACAAUGUGGAACAUGAAAACCAUUUUGCUGAGAUUGAGAAAAGGGCAAUUGCUCUCAAGAACCUGGCUGGUCCUGUCUACUCAGUUGAGAGCAAACACAACUUCUCUGAGAUAGAAAAGAGACUAGACAACCUCAAAGCUUUAAACUACCCAGUCUAUGAUAUAGAUCGUGGUCAUGACUUUGCUGAAAUCCAGAAGAAAGUUGAUAGUCUGAAAGAGCUUCAAGGACCGGUCUAUUGUAAAGAAAACAGCCACCAUUUUAACGAGAUUGAUAAACAUCUUGCCAGCUUAAAAAGUCUUAGUUAUCCAGUUUACAAAAUAGAACGCGAUCAUCAUUUUAACGAAAUAUCUAAACAUGUGACAAACCUACAAGAAACAAGCUACCCUGUCAGGACCGGAGUUGAUGUUAUCCAUAAAUUCAACGAAAUAGCGACUAAAGUAGAAUCCGUCAAAGUAUUAGCGGGGCCCGUCUUUACUCUUGAACAACGCAACCAUGCGUUUAACAAGAUAGAACAGCGUCUUCAGGAUUUGAAGAGUUUAAAUUAUCCAGUUUAUAAUAUCAGCAGAGAGCAUAGUUUUGCAGAAAUGCAGAAAAGCAUAGCAGAGCUUAAAUAUCUCCGGGGUCCUGUUUACGAUAUCCAACAUGUAAAUCAGUUCAACCAGAUAGAAAAGCUUGCCCACGAUAUCAAAACUCUGAGCGGACCUAUUUAUGAUGUUGAAUCCCACCAUAAAUUCAAUGAGAUUGACAAGAAAAUUCAAGAUCUAAAAACUCUCCAAGGUCCUGUGUAUCCUGGAGUGGAGCGGGAGCAUGGUUAUUUUGCAGUUUUGGAGCAAAGCUGGGCCCAUCUAAAGGAGCUGGCCAAUCCUAUAUAUGACAUAGAACGUGAGCACUCCUUCAUGGAUCUAGGACGGAAGGUGGACUCCUUGAAGAGUAUGAACUACCCGGUGAGGGAGGGAGUUGACUACAGUCAUAACUUUAAUCAGGUUCAGGAGAAAGUUGUUCAACUCCGAAAUCUUACAGGGCCAUUUUAUGAUAUUGAAGGAAGAACUCAUGGGUUUAAAGAAUAUUUGAGAAAUCACCAAGAUUUGCUUAAUCUAAACUAUCCUGUUUAUAAUAUUGAUCGUGAUCAUAAAUUCAAUGAGAUUCAACGAAACUUGAUUGAGAUCAAGACCCUUGCUGGCCCUGUCUACAGUGUUAACCAUCAACAUCAGUUUAAUGAGGUAGAAAAGUGUCUUUUGGAUCUCAAAUCGCAAACCUAUCCAGUGUAUGACACCGAGCAUGGAAACUCCUUUAAUGUGUUUGAAUCUAAAAUUGUUGACUUGAAGCAGUUGCAAGGUCCUGUUUACAAUGUCGACUGUGAUCAUCACUUUACAGAAAUAGAAAAGAACAUUUCUGAUUUAAAGUCAUUGAGCUAUCCAGUCUUCAAUAUCGAUAACAACCACCAGUUUUCUAUUAUAAAGGAGCAGAUUGAAACCAUUAAAGAAAUGACAUAUCCUGUUAGAGGAGAGGAUUACAACCACCACUUCAAUGAAAUUGCUAAGAAAGUUCAAUCACUGAAAACUCUUCAAGGACCUUUGUAUAGUAUAGAGGAAAGAAAUCACACUUUUAGAGAUAUUGAGAAGUCUCUUGAUGACUUGAAAACACUUAACUAUCCUGUUUAUGACAUAGAUAGAAACCACAAAUACAAUAUUAUACUGAAGAAUCUGUAUGAUAUCAAAACUCUUAGUGGACCAGUGUAUUCAAAAGAUCACAAGCACCACUUCAAUGAAAUUGAAAAGCUUGUGACAGAUCUGAAGACUUUAAAAGGACCUGUUUAUGAUGUUGAAGCAAGUCACAAGUUUAAUGAAAUAGAACGUAAGAUCACAGAUAUCAAAACCCUACAAGGACCUGUUUACAAUAUUGACAGAAAUCAUAACUUUGCUGAAAUUGAACAACAGAUUAGCGAUCUGAAAAACUUGAACUACCCUGUUCUGAAAAUUGACAGGAACCACCAUUUCCAGGAAUUAGCUAGACAGGUUGAAACACUCAAAGAAAUGAACUAUCCUGUAAGAGGAGGGGAUUAUAAUCACAACUUUAAUGAAAUUGAGAAAAAGAUAUCUCAUCUGAAAGAUUUGUGUGGACCAGUUUAUUCUUUGGAGCAAAGAGAUCAUUCAUUUAACAUUAUAAAUGAAGCACUUAAUGAGUUAAAAAGCUUAAAUUAUCCAAUUUUCAAUAUUCAAAGAGAUCAUAAGUUCAAUGAAGUUCAGAAAAAUUUAUAUGACUUGAAAACAUUGACAGGUCCAGUCUAUGAUAUUAAACAUCACCAUCAGUUUGCUGAUAUCGAGCGGACAGUUCUGGAACUGAAAAAUCUUACUUCCCCAGUUUAUACAGUAGAGCAUCAGCACAAGUUUGCAGAGGUGGAAAGAAAAGUAGAAGACCUUAAACAUCUCUGUGGACCAGUAUAUACCAUCGAUAGACAACAUAACUUCAAUGAAAUUCAGAAGAAUUUGACAGAUCUGAAAAAUUUAAACUAUCCUGUUUAUCAUAUUGUUCGAGAACAUCAGUUUAUGGAGGUUAAAACCCAACUUGAUUCCAUCAAAGAGAUGACCUAUCCUGUCCGGAUCAAUGUAGAGGCUUGCCAUCAUUUUAAUGAGCUUGAAAAGAAGGUUGAUUCACUGAAAAAUCUGACAAGUCCUGUUCGAAACAUUGAAGAAUGCAAACAUGCUUUUGAAGGCAUUAAAUCAAUUGUCCACUCAUUGACAAACUUGAACUAUCCAAUCUAUGAUAUUGACAGGGAACACAAAUUUACCAAUACUUUAAAAAAUUUGAUUGAGAUAAAACAUCUGAUGGGACCUGUUUAUUCUAUUGAUAAUUCUCAUGCAUACAACAUAAUUGAUAACAUCACAACCGAUCUAAAACAGUUGGCUGGACCUGUAUAUAAUAUUGAUAAUGCUCACAAAUUUGUUGAGAUUGAAAGAAGACUGGUGGAACUAAAAACUUUGCAGGGUCCAGUCUACAACGUUAAUCAUGAUCAUCAUUUCAAAGAAAUUGAGAAAUCAAUCAGUGAUCUUAAAAAUCUAACUUAUCCAAUCUACAAGAUUCAAAGAGAGCACAAUUUUAAAGAAAUUUUGGAUAAAGUUGAAAGUAUCGCAGAAACAAGUUAUCCUGUCAGACAGGGUGUUACACCACAUCAUAAUUUCAAUGAAAUUGAUGAAAAAGUAAGAACUCUAAAGAACCUGGUUGGUCCAGUUUUUGAUUUAGAAAAAAGAAACCAUGUAUUCAAUGAGCUGGAUAAAAAAGUGGAGGCAGUGAAAACCUUAUCCUAUCCAGUUUACACCAUAGAUAGAGAGCACAAAUUUGAUGUCAUUCACAAGAAUCUUCAAAAUUUGAAAACUCUCAAUGGUCCUGUUUAUACUGUGGAGCACCAACAUCUAUUUGCAGAAAUAGAAAAAAGCGUUGGUGAUCUUAAAACCUUAAAUUAUCCAGUAUUUGAUAUUGAAAGCAGUCAUAAAUUUAAUGAAAUUGAGCACAAAGUGUCUUCCUUGAAAAUGUUGCAAGGUCCUGUUUACACAAUUGAAAAUGCUCAUAGUUUUGCUGAGAUAGAAAAAUCUUUAAGUGAUUUGAAAAGCUUGAACUAUCCAGUUUUAAGCAUUGAUAAUGCUCACAGCUAUAGAGAAAUGCUUGCUUACCCUGAAAGACAUAUCAUCACCAGCUAUCCUGUCAGAGAAAAUGUUGAUGUACAUCAUCACUUCAAUGAAAUCGAGAAAAAAAUUAUCUCCAUUAAGGAUCUUGCAGGGCCUGUUUAUUCUGUAGAGCAUCAAAAUAUGUUCAAUGAAGUUCUGCGAAACAUUGCUGACAUGAAAUAUCUAAACUAUCCUGUUUAUGAUAUAGACAGAAAUCACAAGUUCAAUGAGAUUCAGAAAAAUCUGUAUGACAUCAAAUAUCUUAAUGGACCUGUCUAUGCUACUGAGCAUAUGCAUCACUUUAAGGACAUUGAGCACAUAAUUACAGAUCUCAAAUCUCUUCAAGGACCAGUUUAUAGCAUUGAAAAUGCUCAUAAGUACAAUAAGAUAGAGAGUAAAAUUGACACAUUGAAAAAUCUUCAAGGACCAGUUUAUGCUAUAAAUAAUGCUCAUAACUUUGCAGAAAUUGAUAAAUGUCUAUAUGAUCUUAAAAGUCUUCAUUAUCCUGUCUACAAAAUUGACAGACAGCAUCAGUUCCAAGAAUUCAUGAAGGGUAUAGAAACAAUAAAAGAGAUGCACUACCCAGUCCGAGGAGGUGUGGAUUACCAACAUAACUUCAAUGAGCUGGAAAAACAAGUAGAAUCUGUCAAAAAUUUGAUUGGACCUGUGUUUGAAAUAGAACGCAGAAACCAUACAUUCAAUGAUAUAAUCAGGAAUAUAAUAGAAUUGAAAAACUUGAACUAUCCUGUUUAUGAUAUUGACAAUAAGCAUUCUUUUAAUGUAAUUGAAAAGAACUUGAUUGAGCUGAAGACAAUGAAUGGACCUGUGUAUGAUACUGAACACAAACACCAUUUCGUAGAAAUUGAUAAGAUAGUUACAGACUUAAAAUCUUUACAAGGACCUGUCUAUUCCAUUGAAAAUGAACACAAGUUCAAUGAGAUAGAACGCAGGAUUAAUGCUCUUAAAACUCUCCAAGGUCCAGUGUAUUCAAUUGAGAGGAAUCAUAAUUUUGCAGAGAUUGAAAAACAGCUUUCCACUUUAAAAACUCUGAAUUUUCCAGUGUUCAAAAUUGAUAGAGAGCAUAAGUUUUGUGAAAUCAUGAAAGGACUUGACAGUAUUAAAGAGCUCAGUUAUCCUGUUCGAGUUGACUAUGCGCAUCAUUAUAAUGAAAUUGAAAGAAAAAUUGAGAGCAUAAAAGAACUAGUUGGCCCUGUAUACUCAACUGAACAUCAGCAUACAUUUGGAAAGAUUCUUGAACAGAUUUCUGAUCUAAAAACUCUAAACUAUCCUGUUUAUAAUAUUGAUCGACAGCAUAAAUUUGAUGUUAUUGAGAAAACUCUUUAUGAUCUGAAAAACUUAGCUGGACCUGUUUAUGCUGUUGAUCAUGACCAUUGCUUUAAAGAAAUAACAGCAGCUCUCACAGACCUUAAGACACUAACAGGGCCAGUGUAUAGUAUUGAAAAUGCUCACAGGUUUAUGGAAAUUGAGAAGAAAGUUGAUGGAUUGAAGAACCUGCAAGGACCAGUCUAUAAUGUGGAACGAGCACACUGUUUUGCUGAAAUAGAAAAAGACAUUCAAGAUUUGAAAACUCUCAACUACCCAGUUUAUGACAUUGAUCGGAAGCAUCAUUUUUCAGAAAUUGUCAUGGGCAUCGAGAAGUUGAAACAAUUGAACUACCCAGUCAGAGAAGGUGUUGACAUUCAACAUCACUUCAAUGAAGUUCAGAAAAAGGUUGUGAAUAUGAUGGAACUUACAGGUCCUGUUUACUCCAUGGAACAUAGAAACCAUGUGUUUAUGGAUAUAGAACAGAAAAUUUCAGAUUUAAAAACAUUGACAUUCCCUGUGUACAAUAUUGAUAGAGGUCACCAUUUUAAUGAAAUACAGGAAAAAAUUACAAGCUUGAAAUCAAUGUUUGGCCCUGUUUAUGCUACCGAGCAUAGAAAUUGCUUUUAUGAAAUUGAGCAAAAAAUAACAGAUCUAAAAAGUUUGUUCUACCCUGUGUAUAACAUAGAUCGAGAACACAAAUUUCAAGAGUUGGAAUCCAAAUUGGUUGAUUUGAAAACACUCCAAGGACCUGUUUACAGCAUUGAGAGAGAACACCAUUUUGCAGAUAUUGCAAAGAAAAUAGAGGAUUUGAAAUCACUUAACUAUCCUGUUUAUAAAAUUGAUGAGAAACACCACUUUUCUGAAAUUGUGAAAGGACUGGAAACUAUAAAACAAAUGAAUUAUCCUGUACUAGUGGAUUAUAAGCAUCAAUUUAAUGAAAUUAUUGAAAGAGUCAAGUCCUUAAAGGAUCUGGUGGGUCCUGUUUAUAAUGUGGACCACAACCAUUUCUUCCAAGAUGUUGAAAGAAAAAUCCAUGAUCUGAAAAAUUUAACUUAUCCAAUCUAUGACAUAUCAAGAGAACACAAAUUCAAUGAAAUUCAGAAGAAUCUCUAUGACAUCAAAACUCUGAGUGGGCCUGUGUACAACAUUGAACAUCAGCAUCAUUUUACUGAAAUAGAAAAGAAACUGUCAGAUUUAAAAUCUUUAGUUGGUCCAGUUUACAGCAUUGAUAAUGUGCAUGCCUUCCAUGAGAUUGAAAAACAUGUUGCUGAACUAAAAUCUUUACAAGGUCCUGUCUACAAUAUUGAUAGAGCACAUAACUUCUCUGAAAUAGAAAAGAAUCUUUCUGACAUGAAAUCUCUUAAUUAUCCGGUCUAUGACAUUGAUCGUAAACAUCAAUUUAAUGAGAUUCUAAAAGGAAUGGAAACCUUGAAGCAAAUGAAUUACCCUGUGAGAGAAGGCAUAGACUUUAGUCAUCAUUUCAAUGAAAUCCAAGAUAAGGUGGAGGCUAUUAAAAAUCUUGCAGGUCCAGUUUAUUCCACAGAACACCAGCAUGCCUUCCAGGAUUUUGAACGCAGGGUGCUAGACUUAAAGAAUCUAAAUUACCCAAUCUACAACAUUGAUAGAGAUCAUAAGUUCAAUGAAAUACAAAAAAAUUUAUUUGAUAUUAAGACUUUGGCAGGACCAGUUUACUCUGUAGAUCACCAGCAUUGCUUCCAAGACAUAGAGCGGAAGAUUACUGAGCUCAAAUCACUGAACUACCCUAUAUUUGAGAUUGAAAGGAAACAUGCCUUUAUGGAAAUAGAAACUAAAAUCUUAGAUCUGAAAAAUUUACAAGGCCCAGUGUAUUCAGUUGAGAGUUCACAUAAUUUUACAGAAAUUAUGAAGAACUUGUCUGAUUUGAAAAAUCUAAACUAUCCUGUUUACAACAUUGAUAGAGAUCAUCAGUUUAGUGAAAUAUACAAGGGGCUUGAAUCAUUAAAAGAAAUGAAUUAUCCUGUUAGACAAGGGGUGGAUUUUAACCAUCAUUUCAAUGAUAUCAAAGAAAAAGUUGACACUUUAAAGAACCUCACUGGCCCAGUUUACGAUCUCCAGGAACGACAUCAUGCUUUCCAAGACAUUGAAAGGCAAAUAAUAGAUCUGAAAAACCUGAACUACCCAGUCUAUGGCAUAGACAGGGAGCACACAUUCAAUGAAAUACAGAAAAACCUUUAUGAUAUCAAGACCUUGAGUGGACCAGUCUAUAAUGUUGAACAUCAGCAUUGCUUUGUGGACCUGGAAAGAAAGCUGGCUGACUUGAAAACUUUAAACUAUCCUGUUUAUGGAAUAGAACGAGAACAUUUUUUCAUGGAAUUUGAAAAAAGAAUUGCUGACCUGAAAAAUCUUCAGGGGCCUGUUUAUUCGAUUAACAGGCAACACAACUUUAAUGAAAUAGAACGACACCUAACAGACCUGAAAACCCUGAAUUAUCCCAUUUAUGAUAUAGAUAGAGCUCAUCAGUUUUCAGAAAUUCAACGGCAUAUGGACACCUUGAAACAAAUGAAUUAUCCUGUCAGAGAAGGUGUUGACUUCAACCAUCAUUUUAAUUUGAUUGACAGAAAAGUUGAAGCUAUUAAAAGUUUAAAUGGUCCUAUUUUUAACCUGGAAGAUAGAAACCAUACAUUCCAGGAUAUUGAAAGAUAUGUUAAUGAGAUAAAAGCUUUGAAUUAUCCGGUUUAUGACAUACAAAGAGAACAUGUUUUCAGUGAAAUACAAAAAAAUAUGAUAGAUUUAAAGAAUCUAAAUGGUCCCGUGUUUGACAUUGAAAGAAAUCAUUCCUACAUGCAAUUCAGGAAAAACCUCAUCGAACUAAAGGCAUUAGUUGGUCCAGUGUAUUCCUUGCCCGAUUACAAGCAUCAUUUUGAGGGAAUUGAAGCACAUGUCAAUGAUUUAAAAACUCUUUCUGGACCUGUCUAUUCUGUAGAGGCCAAGCAUGCAUUUUCUGAAAUUACCAAACACAUUGCUGAUUUAAAAAAUCUAAACUACCCUGUUCUAAACAUACACCAUGAUCACAAUUUCCAAGGAAUCAUUCAGAAUGUUCAGAAUCUACACAAGCUUCAAGGUCCUCAUUAUGAUAUUCCUGAUCGCCAGCAUCACUUUUCCGAGAUUUGGAAACAUGUUGAUGAUCUGAAGCAGAUGUCUGGUCCAGUUUAUGAUGUUAACUACAAGCAUGAAUACCAAGGUCCUGAUCAAAAACCUAUUGAUUUAAAAUAUGAAGUUGGUCCCAUAUACAAUGUGGAAUCAAAACAUGAAUUUAAACAUGGUUUUUUUAAAGAAAUGGAUAAGAAAACAAUCAAGGGUCCUGUAUAUGAAGUUGAAAGAAAACACAAGUUUAAAAAGGGAUUUUCAUGUUCUCAUAGACCCCCAUCUCCUACACCAGGCCCAGUCCGGGGGGAUUUCAAGCAUAACUACAAACAUCCCAUAACCCUGCCACAUCAAAGAGAUAUUCGAUCAAAGUCUGUUCCUUGUUAUGAAGUGGAUAAAUCAUAUCAUUACAAAGAAUCAGAAACCCAUCAGCAAGAUAUGAAAAAGCUAGUUGGUCCUAUUUACAGCAGUGGCAGCUUGGUGGAUGAAAGGAAACAUCAUUUUACAGAUGGAUAUGUAGCUCCAAUAAGCAGAGAGAAACGAGAGGAGCAGGUCAAGCUGGUUAAUAAAUAUUUCUUUAAAGAGAAGAAAGCUACGGAUAAUCUACAAAAGAAGAUUAUUGAUAAAGCUGAGAAGCUCCAGGACUCAUUUUCUCAAGAGGUUGUGAAGAUAUCAAGAGAAGAAGCAUUGAAACUUGGAGAAGCAAGAAGAAUUCAAGCUCUUCAGCGACGGGAAGAAUAUUUAAGAACACAGGGAAGUUCACAGGAACCUUCAUCCUUUUCUCAACAAACCCUCACAAAUGUUGAACAUCAGUCAUUUAAUCAAAAUUAUGAAGAAUCUAAAGAGUUUGUGAGAGUGGGAUCUCCAUUUACACUGAAAAAAGAAAGUUUUUUGAGAUCUGAGCAAACUCCAGAAAGAAAUGUCACAGCGAUUGGGUUCCAACAGUAUUUAAGCCAGAAGACAUCAUUGAAGACAGAAGCUGUUCACCAGAUUAAAACUUCAACAAAAUCGAUGAAGGAUCCCAAAAUCAAUCCAGAAGGAUUGUCUGAGCAGGUUGUUUUCUCAAAAGAGUUUAAGGGCAAAAAGAAACAGUUAAGUAUUCAGCAAGCUAUGCCCCAAGUACACUAUCUGGAAGGGACAACGCAGUUCUCUUCUGCAGAUACAGAUGAAACUAGAAAAUCUGGAAAACAUUUUCUACAGAAAAAACUAGACGAUGAGAGAAAAAGAAAAAUCUUUGAGCUCGAAGAACAGAAAAGAUUGGAAGAUGAAAAGCGAAAAAAGAAUAAUGAACUUGAAGAAAAGAAACGCUUUGAAGCUGAAGUUGCUAGAAAGACUCUUGAAGAAGCACUAAACAGAAAGCAAGAAGAAAAUGAAAAAGCCAAACUAAUGAUGGAGCUGGAAGAGAGGAAAAAAGCACUUUUGACAGAAAAACUACGACUUGAAUCAUUAGAGAAGGAGAAGAAUGUCAUUCAAAAGAAGAGGGAACAGCUUCACCAGGAAGAAGAAAAACAGCGAAGAAUUAAGGAAGGAAGUCUAAAGCAAACCCAAAUCUCAAUGACCAGGAGAGAACAGCAAGGGGUUGGGUUUGGAAGUGUUCGAACUGGAUAUGUUCAGAAUAAAAAAAUGUCUCUAUUAACUAGAGCAGCUUCUGUAGAACCACCAGUUAGUAGGGGCAAUGACAGCCCAGGACCAAACAGAAGACAGAAAAACGUUAGGUUUGCGCAGAGUCGUGAAGAAUGGAGUAUAAGUCCGAUUCAAAGACCGGAAAUAAAAACAGGAGAUGUGGCUUCAGGAGUUGCAGGAUGGACCCAGAGAGUGAGUGAACUAGAUAGGCAGGCAGCUGCAGUUCAAACCCCUCCAGUUUCCAGGAAAAAUACGGUGAUAAAGUUUUCAGAACGGCGAGCUGUUUCUGAAACUAGAUCUACUUCAGAGUUUAGAACCCCUGUGCAGGGGGUUCAGAGAAUUCAAACCGGACAAAGGGUCGGAAGUAUUUCUAGCCUACUAAAUAUACUACCCGGAGAAGAGGAUUCAACCCGUCUGUCUCCACCUAUCUCCAACUGCUCAGAGAAGAGUUUUUAGUUGAAAAUAUCAGGGUUCAGGAUUCUCUUCAUGAAUAGUUACUUCUCUCCUCUCUAUAAAAUUAUCUUAAAUCUGA